UAACUUGUUGUCACGUAUCGAAAUUUGAUUUUUUGUUUUGAUUUGUGAAAAAGCGAGCUCUUUUUUUGCAGAAUUUUAUUUUGAAAUUUUUUUACUAAAAUUCCGCUUUAGCAGAAUUUUUGCGAUCAAAAUAUUACCCGUGGAAGAAGUUCCUAAGCUCAUUUGAAAUAUUUUGUGUAUCUAACGCCUUGAUUACUCCUGUUCAGUAGCACAUAUUGGGAAGCUCUGAAAACAGAUAAAUUUGUUUCGAUCCUCUCUUUACGUUUUCCUUUAAGUUUUUUAAUUUUUGGUGCUAUUUUUAUAAAACGCACCUUCAUAAAACGUUAUUAACAACAUCCUUGCCGAUAGCACCCGCAACUCUCAACCUCUAAAACUAUAACAUAACCUUCCUUUUCGUAUCAUCAGAUAAUCCAAACGGAAGUGGGGCAGCAGGUGACACUUCACAGGAUUCCUCGCGCCCAGCUCAAAUAGAAGGUAGAAUUAAUUAUCCUCAAGUAUUCCCAGACCAAAUACCGGAUGGUUCUUGCAUGGUUAUCAAUGUUUUUGACACGUCCAGCAAACCGUCAAAGUUCGUAACGAAACAAGUUAUCGACAACCCGAUGAAAGACGCUAGAAUCGAGUAUUUGCUCAAGCUCCCGAAAGACCAAGACCUGAGCAACGCCGCGCUACAAAAAUUAAAGAUAUCUGCCUAUGUUAAUGUUGGAUGGUGUUCCAAAGAUCAAACUAGUUCAGAAGAUCCAAAAGAUAACACAAAACAGCAAGAUUAUGCCACCGAAAUGCCUUACGCAAUUGAUCCAUCUUUAUCUGCCAUAACCAUGACUUCCAAGAGAAGUCCGAAAGCAAAGCCAAAAAUUCGAAUUAUACGCGGUCCAGAAAUAUAUCUUGAAAAAGUUACAAAAGAUAUGAAGGCCACCUUGUCUCCAACAAAUCUUAAUUCUGGUAGCGUUUCUCCAACUUCUUCAACGCAGACAGGUAAGAAAACGAUACUUUUAUACCCAGCUAAAACUUGUAAAUGAAUUAUCGUCUGCCGAUUAGAGAUAUUUCAACUGGUCUUUGAAAUCGAAAAGAGAACAGGUUCCUGUCCAAUCAAUUGCCACAUAAAUUGAUAAUAGAGCCAUAGCGUAUGAAAAAAUCUUAAACGAUGGU